UUCACUGUUCACUGUUAGAUUGCCCAGGAUUGUAUUUCCUCGGGACGUUCACCACAAGGUUAAAACGCCAAACAAAUCUCAUGACACCUGUCCAAAAAGCUGCGGGUUUAUCAGGGGGGACCUGGAGCAAUAAUUUUCUCACCCAUUUGACUCAUCAUCCGUUGUUUUCUUCUCGAAAAACAGAAGAACAGCUGCAGAGCUGUGAAAAAGCGUUUGUUGGUGGUCGAUUGUUGUGGUUGACGAUGCAUCGCUGAUGUUUUUAGAGAGGCUCGCCGCCUCUUCGGCUAAAAUAUAGAUGCAUGAGUCGUAUUUUUUGCCGAUCUGUUUUGUUAUUCGCAGCUGAUCGUUGAAUCAACACGACAGCGUUAGCUGGCCCGACAAAAUGAGCAGAAAACAUCAUCAUUUUAAAGGAGCAGAGGUCAGCUGCUGUGUGAAAUACUUUUUAUUCGGAUUCAACAUCAUAUUUUGGUUACUAGGAGCCGCAUUCCUGGGUAUUGGACUUUGGGCAUGGGCAGAAAAGGGAGUGCUGUCAAACAUUUCCUCCAUCACAGAUCUGGGCGGCUUCGAUCCUGUCUGGCUCUUCAUCGUGGUAGGGGGGGUGAUGUUCAUCCUCGGAUUUGCCGGCUGCAUCGGUGCGCUACGGGAGAACAUGUUCCUGCUCAAAUUUUUUUCAGUGUUUUUGGGCCUCAUCUUUUUCCUGGAGCUCACAGCUGGAAUUUUAGCCUUUGUAUUUAAAGAUUGGAUCAAAGACCAGCUGAACUUCUUCAUCAACAACAAUGUUAAAGCUUAUCGGGAUGACAUCGACCUCCAGAACCUCAUAGACUUUGCUCAAGAAUAUUGGUCGUGUUGUGGUGCUCACGGGCCGAACGACUGGAACCUGAACAUCUAUUUCAACUGCACCGACUUUAACCCCAGCCGAGAAAGGUGUGGUGUUCCCUUCUCCUGCUGCGUUAAAGACCCUGCUGAGGAUGUCCUGAAUACACAGUGUGGCUAUGAUGUGCGGCUUCAAGGGGAGUUGGAUCAGCAGAUGUACAUUUACACCAAGGGCUGUGUGGGACAGUUUGAAAAGUGGCUUCAGGACAAUCUGAUCAUUGUAGCUGGAAUUUUUGUCGGCAUUGCAUUAUUACAGAUUUUCGGGAUAUGUCUGGCUCAAAACUUGGUGAGUGACAUCAGAGCAGUCAAAGCCAAUUGGUGACCUUUUGCUGAGGCGGAUAGUUUACCGUCACCACCUUGUGAGAUUAUAGCCAAGAGUUAAUUGCAAAAGAACACUGUUUACAUGCAGAUGAGCUGGGAAGCUCCGCCCUGUUUAAAUCUGUGGACGUUUUAUGUAAGCUGACUUUACGAAAUGGACUCUCCAUCUAUAAUUUGUUCUUUUGUGGUGUCUUUUCUGAAAACAAGCUCUUAUGGAAGCUUCUCAGAAGCAGAGAUUGAGAUGACGCGCUCAGUUCAGUCUGUUCAUGAAAUCGCAGACGUCUCUUGAUGAAACUCAUUAUUAUAACAUUCACUAGACUUUCAUCUUGGGGAAUAAUGUCGAGCGGGUGGUGUUUUUUUUUUUUUUUUUUUUUUUUACCUGAGGACAACUUGCUUAUGGAAAACGACACAAAUCAACCACUGAGACUUUAAACAGAGGAGCCAUGAACUAAACAAAGCCUUACUGCAGUGCAUUUCUUUAUACACUCGGGUGGGUUCAGCUUUUACACAGCGUUCUGUCUGUCGGCCAGUCGAGUUGAUGGACAGUCUGACUCUUACCUCUGAUUUGCCCUCUGUUGCACAGAGGCAGUCAAUCAGAAAGAUGUACUUGAUAAUUACAUGUAAUGCAUUUAUUUUUGUGAGUACUACCACUACUGUUGGGGAAGUUUAGAAACAGGCUGUUAUUUCUCUGUAUAGCUUUGUUUUUUUUUCCCCCCAUUCUCACUUUUUUUGGUUGGCUCUGUGACUUAAAAGGACCACUGUCCCUGACUCAGUUUAGAAUUUUGUUAUUUUCGCUACUCUGCUAGGGUGUAGUGAUAUGCUGUAGUGGUACUAAAAAUGUAUUAUAAAUAUGAUGCUGCUUUAACUCAUAGAAAACAUACAUCGCCAUUCUAACCACCUGAACUUUCUAUAGAGACCAUGAGAGGAAGUGUACGUUUCAGGAAACACACUUCAGAUCACGCACAAACACUUUGCUUUGUGAAAUAAAUAUGACGUGAAUGCACAUCAAAUCGACAGACUGUGCAUAUGAUCACAUGCCUUAUUUAGCCCUAUUGAGAUGAUAGAAGAAGCCUAUGGCAGUAACACAGCACAUGGUCACCCAACUGUCCAUUCAAACAGCUUUAUUUACUAUUCACUCUCUCUCUCUCUGCGCCAUAUGGCAAGAGAGCUGCAUGCUAUCAGCUAUAAAAAAUGCAUGGCAAUGCAGACCUCUUUGAACAUGUGCACACAUGUGCAUAUGUGUGUGGACGUGUAUUCAUCACACUGCCACUGCCAUACCAUUGAGUUUUGACUUAGCUGUGUUAUCUCCCUACAUUCAAAAGUUGUCUAUAUUGAGCCUUGACCUUAACACUAAUUAUGUGCUAAAAAAGAUAGCCGAUAUACUGCCGGCGUGCUAUAUGUUGAAUGUGCUCAGGAGGUUUUAGCAGUGGAGUGUCAUGCAUGUCAGGCUGAUCUGUUUCAGGCCUGUUUAAUAAGCUCGGAUCCGUUUGAAGGUGUUACGGUGUUAAAGUGAAAAUUAAAAUGUGAGAUUUCUGGGAGCUUGCUGGGAGAGGGGUUGCUGACUCCAUCUCCUGUGUAUUUAGGAGGCAAAUCUUUUAUUGCAGAUACAUGCUAUAAAUAAUGUUUAUCCCCCUUUUUUUUUUUUUUUUGCCCCCAAAUGGAUGAAUCUCACAAAAACAUUUUUCAUAUUUCAUAUUAUUUUCGUAUAUCAAUCUCAAAAACAAAAGAAAGGUGUAAAUAAUUAUAUUUUGAAGAUUGAGCCUAUUUUUAGGAUUAUUUUCAUGACAAUAGGUACAUCUCUCUCUCCCCAGUUCUCAUUACUGUUAAUGCAAAAUAAAAUCAUUCACAUUACGUAACACAAAAUGCAAAUCAUUCUGAUUAGUGUAAUGCAAAAUGAACAUCAUUCUGAUUAUGUAAUGCUAAAUAAAAAUCUUUUGACUGAAAUGAAAAAUACGUUAUUUUUACGACAAAGUCAAAAUGAAAUUCAUUAUUACCGUAAUGCUAAUUACAAAUCACUCUCAUUACCGUAACGCAAAAUAAAUAUCGUUCUUAUUACCGUAAUGCUAAAUAAAAAUCAUUCUCAUUACAGUAAUGCAAAAUAAUAAUCAUUCUCAUGAACAUAACACAAAAUACAAAUCAUUGUCAUUACCAUAAUGCUAAAUAAAAAUCACUCUCAUUACCUUUACGCAAAAUCAAAAUCAUUCACUUGACCAAAGGCAAAAUAAAAAUAAUUAACAUGACUAAAAUUAAAAAUGUAAAUCAUUCUCCUUAUAGAAAUGCAAAAUAAAAAUCAUUCCCAUUACGUAAUACAAAAUAAUACAAAAACAAUUUAUAUUUCAUUAAUUAUAUGUCAUGCUAGUAUUUGUUGUAUUAUUUUGCUGAUUUAAAUAAUUAUUCAACAUCAUUGUAUUGCACAUUUUACUGUAAUACAGUAGACAGUUACUGUGUAAAGUUAUGAGAAUCACCACUGAGAAAUGUCUAGAUGAAUUACGUGAACUGUGCUCAUGAAAAUAAUGUAAAAAUACAAUAUAUAUAUUUAUAAAAAUACAAUUUUAUAUAUAUAUAUAUAUAUAUAUAUAUAUAUAUAUAUAUAUAUAUAUAUAUAUAUAAUUGUUCUAAAAAUAGGCUUCAUUGUCUUUAUGCAAAAUAUAUAUGUUUUUAUUUUAAUUUUGGGGUGAAGAUCUGAAUAUGUUUUUGUGGGAUACACCCAGAUAUGAUAUUUAUGUUCUUCACUGAGUCUCUCUCUCUCUCGCUCUCUCUUUCUCUUUCUCUUUCUUCAGUAGCCUUUUUCUUUCUCUAACCUUUAUUUAAAUGUUUUUUAUUUUUCUCAAAACAAAGACCCCAACAUUCCCUUUGGGGAACUCAUGCAUAUCAUGAAUGUAUAGAUCAUCUCUUAAUAAUGCUAUGUCAUAUAUAACUUAUGCUUCAAAGUGCAAUGCUCAAACUGAUGUGAAUAAAGUUAAUGUUUGUCUGACUGUAGGCACACAACUGAAAAACAUCGCAAAUCUGUGUUUGUGAAGUGAAAUAGACACUCCUUGUGCAUGCAUUGACUUCAUUUUUGUAUGAAGUGCAUUUAAGCAGUUUUUUUGUGCUGGUUCAUCAAAAACAGUUUUGAUGAGGGUGUUCAAACCAGUGAGCCUUUUCCCCUGGACUCUCUCUGCACCAGCUGUGAUAGUUUUUUACAUUACAAGGAUUUGCAAAUAUGUAAGCACAAUUAUAUCAGAGGAGCUGACGUCACAUUCAAUGUGUGUCAACCAAUCAACAUUCAGAACUGUUGUACAAAACUUAAAGGUUAAGACUGCGCAAGUGAUGAACAUUGUGUGAUCGGUGAAUGCAUCCAAAUUUUUUCUGAAUGAUUAAACAAGCUGUAGCCUUGAUCUUUUGCUCAAUAUUAUGCUUGACAUCUCACUUGCCACUUUUAUGCGCUUUGAAAUACGAUUUGCUAAAGCCUUUAAGAUGAUGUUUCUUUGUUUGUUUACAUUCCCAUACUAAUUAUCAAAGUGUCUUCAUUGAAAUCUUUGGAUUCUACCUCAUCGUGGAGAAAUUAAUAUUGUGGGCGUCAUAACUCCAUUGCAGCUGUUGUGAACAUUCUUUAGAAAACCUACAAUUUUUGUUUGUCACAAACCACAUAUAAACUAAACAAAACUAGGUCUUCUCUUACAACCUCGGCAGUUUAUUUUGCUAUAUUCUGAAAGCUGAAAAACAAAACAUGGAAUGCAAAAAAUGCAAAUGUCGAUUUGUUAUUUGAUUGGUGUAUGACACUUUCUAAGGUUUCAGUGUAUUUUUAAUACAGAUUGUUUGUUAAAGCAGAUCUAUUUCUAUUAAUUUCUAUUAUGGGCAACUCUUUUUGCAAACAAGCCGUUCUCAGUAAUCAGAUGUCCUGUCAAAUUCAGAACUUUAACUGGUUUAUUGACUUUUCUGGCAACAUAACAUUUACAACCCAAAAUACCCUCUUGAACUGGAUAAUGAAUUUUGCACUUGCAGACCUAAAGCAUUUUCUCUGCUCUCCAUUAUAUGAUUCUAUGAUUGUACUAACAUAAUAACCCUCAUAAUAAGGUUUUUUUUUUUUCUCACUAUAAACAGACAUUUUCUUUUUUUUUUCUUUCUUUUUUUUUUUUUUUUGUGGAAAAUUAAGAUCAUGGAUUAAGAAUGUGUUUGGAAAUAUUUUAGCAAUGCCACUUGUUUUCAUUCGUUUUUUUGUUUUUUGUUGUAUUUUGUAACUCUUGUCCAAAGUUCCGUUUAACAUCAAUGAAUGGACUUUUCUUGUGGGAGAUGGUCUGUUACACUGUAGACUAUGUUACAAGAUAUGCUUUUUCAUAGUAAAUAAAAUUGAUUU